AUACUCCGAUUCCCGAUGAACAUCGGCCUCAGAAGUCGUUCUCAUCGUCGGCUAUGUCCUGAGAUGGCAAUGCUGAGUGGACUGAGUGACUUGUUGGCGUGAGAAGGAUAAGUAAUCCCUUGUAGCAUCUGGCUCUUCGGGUGCAAACCGGGCUCUGUCAGCUUUAGUUGAAGGUAUAAAAGGGGCUCAACGUUCUUGCUCACACCAGCCACCACUCUGCCUUAUCCCCCACCACCUAUCUUUCAUCAUGGUCCUGCAGCACGUUCUUGCCUUCAACCUGAUCCCAAGUCUGUCGGAGGCGGACAGCAAGGCCGUCUUCGAUGGCAUAUUCAACUUGAAGCCGACAUGCGUGAAGCCCGAUGGAAAGACGUACAUCCGCUCCAUCAAAGGGGGCAAGCAGAACAGCAAGGAGGGAGCGGACAAGGGGAUAAAGUGGGUCUUCAUAGUCGAGUUCGAGAACGAGGAGGACCGCGACUAUUAUGUCGAGACGGAUCCGGUCCACGCCGCGCUGGCAAAAACCCUCAUCUCGCAGGUCGCGGAUAUCGCCGUGCUAGACUUCACGGAGGGUGUGUUCUGAUAGGCAGAAUCAAUGGAAGUCAUGAAUGUACCACACAGUGUUCAUGGAAAUGCCUAAGGCGUGUUCAACUGACAGGGAAAAGACCAAGUGUUGAAAGGAUCUUAGACUCGAACCAGUCCCGCUCGCGGAAGGCGAAAGGCAAACGAAAGGCAGGCGGAGGCGGCGGAAGCCACCUACGGUGUCCGGGCCCGGAAGCCGAAGAUA